ACGGUGCACAUCGCUUAAGAUUUAACUUAGCCGACCCUAGACUCCAAGAGUUCCCCUAAGUUUAAUCGUUAUCAAAUAAAAAAAGUGUUCAGUGUGUUGUUUCCAUCAAAUUGAACUCGUGCUAUUGUGAGGAGAUUUGAGUGUUACUGGAUACUAAAAACAGUUGAACGAGUGAAUUUAUGAAAAAAUGGUGAACAUGGAGGGAUCAAGUGAGCAGCAAACGGUGACGGCUUCACCACCUCCAAGGACAACCCUAAAAAGUAACUUCAGCAUCAGGAGUAUAGUGCCAGAAGCUUGUGCUGGUACUCCAUCAGCACCAACGAUUAGUCAACCCUCGAUGUCACCAACGGUAUCUCAUGCCGAUGACAGCGAUGACUCGAGUGACUUGGAUGUAACUGGCGACGGUGCUGAGACACCACCGCUGGAUUGCUCUCGGAAUGCGACAAAUGAUAGUCCAUCGGCCCAGCAAAAUCAGCAGACCGAGGAGAAGAAGAAAAAUGAAAAACCACCAUACAGUUACAAUGCACUCAUCAUGAUGGCUAUUCGUCAGAGUCCGGAGAAACGUUUAACAUUGAAUGGAAUCUACGAGUACAUAAUGCGUCAUUUUCCUUACUACGAGACGAACAAGCAAGGCUGGCAAAAUUCAAUUCGUCAUAACUUGUCGCUUAAUAAGUGUUUUGUCAAAGUGCCAAGGCAUUACGAUGACCCGGGAAAGGGUAACUACUGGAUGCUGGACCCGAGCUCUGAGGAUGUCUUCAUCGGUGGUACGACGGGAAAAUUGAGGAGGAGAACGACAGCUGCUUCUAGAUCAAGACUCGCUGCAUUCAAGAGGAGUGUUGUCCUGGGUGGACUUUAUCAGACACCUUAUGCACCACCAGUGUGGCCAGCAUCUCUGUACUCGUUGCCUUAUCUCCAUAGAGCUGGGUAUCCACCAACCAGUGGAGCUUAUCCAACACCAGCAGGCUAUCCAGCUAGUUUGCUACCGGGAUCUACGAGCAUGCCCUGCAAGCCCCAGGCAGUACCUGCAACAGCAGCUCCACCGAGUCAUGGAGGUUUUUCCAUGGAGAGACUUCUUCAGGCACCAGCUGGUUAUCCAAAUGGUCUUCAAGCUCCUGCCAUACCUUCUGCAACGAAUCCAUACGAUUUCUAUACGACUCUGAGAAAUCUUGCGGCACAUCAGCAACAUCAGGCUGUCUUCGGACAACCGAGGUAUCACUUGGGUCAACCCCAUUUACCAAGUCAGCCAACAUCGACGACAGCAUCACCUGGUAGCAGCCCGGAACCCAUGUCUCCGCAUUCCCCUUCGAACUCUGCCUGCAAUUCCGUCGGACAGAACAGGCCCCAUGAACACAGUCCACCGAUGCUACUUCUCAAACCCAUCACCGUUCUCACUGGAAGACAAAGCUGAAGACAAACAGAUCUACAAGUUACCGCUACCAGUGAUUGAACUUUUUUUUGUAUAUUUCUGCUUUUUAGUAUUUUUUUAUUGUUGUGGAUUUGAGGCGAGUCCGGGUGAACCCGUAGUCCUCGUAUGGCAACAUAUGAGGAUUCUAUUGGGGAAUCUCAUGCUACGUCAGACUCAUCAGAAUCUCAAACCCUGGAAAUUUAAUUAACAAUGGGUUUUAAAUAAUUCCGAAUUACCAAAUUUUGAGGCGUUUCGGUUAAUUGCACAAGUGGAGGCCUCUCCGAGUGAUGAUAAUGAUUUAGAAGAUUUAUAAUAUAUUGUAUAUAGAAUUGAGAAAAUUAUUAUAUUAGUGAUUUAGGGUAUGUAGCGUUGCCUGAGAUCUCUCGUUGACGAGUGUUCGUUUUUAUCAAUCCUGACAUUCGCCAAUUUUAAUGUUUAUUUGUAUAUACAAGAGAUGGAAGAAAUUAUUGACGAUUCUGAGAUGUAUAUAGAGAGAAGCAGGAGAUCAAUAUGAAUAAAUG